AUGAGCGUGCCCCGACCCAUUCGCCGCCCCCGCAAAAUACUCUACGUUGUCGUCGUCCUCGGCCUCCUCUACUGGUUUGGCAUCCGGCACAACCUCGGGUCCGAAGUCCAAGAGCCGCUCCCGCUCGGCUUUGCGCCCGAGCACGGGCACCGGCGACGACCACGUACCAUGACGUUCACGCGGAACGGCAUGGCGACGCUAAACCCGUUACGGCGCGGUGCGCCGCAGCCGGACCAUCCGUUCUACGAGCUGAUGGAACGCGGGGAGGAGACGUGGCGUCUUGUGCGUGACCGGCAGAGCAAGACCGUCGAGCAGGCCGCGAGGGAGUACAAACGGCGGUAUGGAUUGGAUCCGCCCGAGGGGUUUGACAAAUGGUUCGAGUGGGCGCGGGAGCGCGGCGUCGAGCUCGUCGACGAGUACGACUUGAUGAUGCGCGACAUUCUCGCACACCACGCCCUCGAGCCCGCAACGUUUAUUGCGCGCUCGCAGGCUCUCGCAACGACGGAAAAGCACGCGUACCAGAUCAACAUUUCGCGCGAGAGCGUCAAGUUGAGCGGAGAGCGCGCGAACGCAGGUCGGCCGAAGAAGCUCGCCGCCAUGAUCGACUUGUUCCGCAGCGCCCUCCCAGCCAAUCUCAACCUCGCAUUGACGGGGAGUGAUCACGAUGUGUCCGGUGUGGUGCUGGGCAAGGAUCAGCGGAAGCGCGCCAAAGAGCUCGUGAGCGCUGGCGAACACUUCACAAACGAGGAAUUGCGGCAUUACGAGAGCCCUCGGCGCACGACCGCUUGGGGCUGGUUCAAGGCGUGCCCGCUCGACUCGCCGGCCAACAUGCGCGCCGGGGCCGAGUAUGGCGAGAAGACAGAAAAGGCGUUCAUCCACGACCACGUCGCGACGAUGGACUUCUGCGAGUUCCCCAACCUCAAGCGCCUGCACGGCGCGCUGCAGGUGGACCGUGAAGACCGCUCACCGAGCAUGCUCAAGCCGUGGCUCGUGCACUCCAAGCUGCCCGGCGAUGCGAGCUUCCUGCUCCCCCCAAUCGAAGGCUUUGUGAAUUUGACAGACAAGGCGAUCGCGGAUAUUGGCAAGUGGGAGGACAAGGUGGACCCACGCGUGCACUGGCGCGGGGGCACCACAGGUGGCCUCUCGACCCAGAGCGACUGGCGCGACCAGCACCGCUACCGCCUGCACCUGAUGUUCAACGGGCGCAAAGGCAACGACAGCGCGUGGGAGGACGCCGUGACCAACGUCAUGAUGCCGGACGGGCGCGGCGGAUACAUUCGCACGGACCAGCACGGUGCCGCGCUUGCCAAGGCCUAUGGCGACGUCAAGCUGAGCGGCAAGAUCAUCGGGUGUCCAACCGAAGCCCUGUGCGAGGAGAUCAAGGGCGAGAUCGAGACGUCGCCCAUGCUGCCGGCGAAGAACACGUGGAUGUUCAGGUACAUGCUCGACGUUGACGGCAACGGGUGGAGCGAGCGCUUCCACCGCCUGCUCUCGAGCGCGUCGCCCGUUCUCAAAAUGACAAUCUUUGCCGACUGGCACAUGGACCGCCUUAUCCCGUGGUACCACUAUAUCCCCAUCCAGCCCGACUACUCGGACCUGUAUGAUGUGCUGGCGUUCUUCAUUGGCCCGGUUCGUGAAGACGGUACCGUUGACCAUGGGCACGGGCACGACUAUCUCGGCAAGAAGAUCGGCCAGGCAGGCCAAGACUUUGCCCUCCAGCACUGGCGCUGGGUCGACAUGCAGGCAUAUAUGUACCGUCUCCUCCUCGAGCUGCAUCGCCUGCACCAGCUCGACCGGGCCAAGGCGAGCUAUCGCCUCCCCUAG